AUGAAUACUCCCGCAGGUUCUGGGUUUCCGCAUGAUCUGAAAGCGGCAUCGUCGCCCCAUCAGGAGUCAGCGAUUCUUGAUUCCAAUUCCCAGAAUCACCAAGGCUAUCUAAAUGUGUAUGGCAACUCCAUGAAUUCAGCUCAGCAGAAACGUCAGAAUAGCGUAUCGGCAUACAUGAACAAUCCGUCAAGUAAAAGAACACCAAACCCACUACAGAUGCAGCUUUCCAUGCAAAGCAAUGUUCCGGGUGCCAGCCAACUAGGAGCCAACAGCUCCAGUUCUCCUUCCGGCCGCUUUGUCCCUUCUGCUCAACGCGGAAAGUAUCGAAAAUCUGUGCAGUUUCCAACUCUGCAACCUCAAAUUCAACUACAGCAACAACAGCAGAACCAACAGCCGUAUGGGCCCCAGUUGAUAAAAACCCCUACCCCUUCAAAUUACGACGUACCAUCGAGCCCCAACGUGACGCAUUCAACCGCCCAGAACAACUCAGAUCUGUCAGGCUCGAGUCCUAUGGUCGAUCUGAUGACCCCUGGUAACGCUACUCAGAAUAAAGAAUCAUCCACCGUAUCUGUCAAAAAUACGUCCAUGCCUCUACAACAGCAACCUUCCGUUCAAUCCGAGGCGCUGAGUGCUCUGCAACAAAGAGUCAUGACGGAUGAGGAACAACAGCUAGCGGCGAAGUUGAAGGAAACAUACAAGAAUAUUGUUAGUUUCGAGGAAAUUGUUCAAAAGUCCAUCGUCGAACUCACUCAUAAGAUCAAUCAAUCAAGCAAUUUCUACUCCCCAUACUCCACUUCCAUGUAUGUUCCUCAGCAUCAGGCUUUACAUGGUUCUGCGCCGAGCUUUCAAGCAGCCAUUCCUACGAGUACCACAGAUCUUUCAAACAACUUGUGGACAAUCUACCACCACAACAUCACCUUGCUAAACAACUACUACGAUUUUCUCACAACUGCAUUGAAGCCGACAUCGCUAUCGACACAUCAUAAAACAGGCAAGAAUAUUAUCGACCUUUACAAAAUACCUCGUCGAAUGUGGGUUUACGGCAUUGUCGGCUUUUUAGAGCUCUUAAAAAAUAUUAUGAGCAUAUUUCAAGACCAUGAAGUCUUCUCAUGUUUCAUUGCUCAUUGCUUCAGCAUUGUAUCGAGUCUAACGGAUCCAUCGUGGGAAAUGGAGGGCUGGUGGUGCGAGAAAUUAGGAGAUUUGUCCAGAAUGGCUAUUGCUUUAUACUCUUCGCGAUUCAUUGAUUGGAAAUCCAGUUCAGAAUAUUGGUACUGGAAUGCAUUGAAAACACUUUACGGGCACGGAAAAAUGUACUACCAUAUGAGCACGGUUCAACAAGACAACUUGGAGGCGCUCGUCAACAUAAGUAAAGCUGUUAAUUGCCGAGACCCGUUCGUUCCCACAUCUCAGUAUCUUGAGCUUGUCGUUGAGAACAUUUGCACUCAAAGAAACAUACUUUCUUUGCUUGAGUUGCCCAUUAUUGAUUUCAUCAAGAUCCACAAGGUUCUAUUAUGCAUAAACAACAACAAUUCAAAUUCUCAAAACCAAGGUGACGUCUUUCAGGAGGGCCGUUUUAAUCAUGGGGUAGAUUUAGUGUCCCGCUAUGCAAUGUCUUUCGGUUCCGACUCUCACGGGUAUAAUUUCUUUUUGCGCCAGUUCAUAUAUCCUACCCAAUCGGACAAGCAAAACGCCGACCCCUUUACACAGUACUUGAAACAGCAACAUGAACAAGAUCAAAACACAAACUCGAUGGACACAAUAGAGAAGAUUAACUUCUGGUUCAACAAAGGUCCCCUUUUCGCUAUCGCGAAUAUCAAUCAUCUCAUAGGUUUUGGUGAUGCAAGAAACCCAUUCGCAAAGUUGUUUUUGCUACCUGAAGCUCUCAGAGAAAGAAAGGAUAAAAAAGAACGAAAGCGGAAGACCAAGUCGACAUCUCAAGAUCAGAACAGUAUAGAUGAGCCCUCGCAACUCAGUAAUGGAGUUGACAGCUCCUCUGUUACAGGAUCAGAUCUUUCAUCGAUGGAUUGGUUCUACUGCUUGGCUUACCUUGAUAAGUCUGUCUUGGAACUUAAUUUUAGAAUUCUCAAGUACUAUUUGGUUGGGCCAAAACGGGCAUCUGCUUGCCAUAUAAUUGUGUGGCUAUACUUCUUGAUAGCGGUUGGUGAGGCUAUCAAACGUUUCCCCGAGUCAAGAAACAUGUUUCUAUGGUUAUUUCAAAAAUUCUUCCCUUGGGAAGCUUUCAUAAAUUACAUGAACAGCAUUACAGGCAUCGUCCGAGGAAAUGCUCACUUGAACAAUAAGUGCCGGGAAUAUAUCAUCAACCAUCCUAACUAUGUUCAGUACUUCAAUGAGAAUGAGCAACUUUCGGAAGUGUGGAAAUGUUGGGGAACACUUUGGUUUGAUUUUAUUUGUGUCAAGCAUGACUACGAAGAUUUUGAAGCUGCUGGCAUUCGGAGUCACGCCAUGUUUGAUCACCCAAUCUGUGGUACAUCAGCGAUGAUGAACCUCAACAAUUUGGAGCAAGAUGGAUCAAAGUCAAGAGAACAAGGUGAAAGGGACAAUGAGGAAAGAUUGGUCCGUAUUGUCCUACUUGGAAGAUUUCUCGCUGAUAAUUAUGAAUUUGGAUUCAUGAGGGACAAGGAAUCUUUCAAGUUUGAUAACCAGAGUUAUGAGGCGUCGAAGAAUGAUGUUUUGUGCUCAUUUUCUUCUUACAAAGGCGCAAACGACAUAUAUCAAUUCAUCAAUGAGGUCUUCUAUGAAGAUUCUCGGUUAAACCUGGGCAGUUUUGUCACUCCGAUUUCAUCUCAUAAUCUUGGCUUCAGGGCUAAUGACAAGGCUUUACCAUCUGAAGUUAUCGACGAGUCUUGGUUCCAGAUAGCAGCUGGUCCAUCAUGGCUUGAAGCAUCUGGUUCUCUCAACUUUGGUCAAAAUGUACCCAACCAAGAAAGUAUGGAAGGUUAUGCUGAUACCGAAUCGGACGAGAAUGGAAUCGACCUUGAUUCGAUAUGUCAGACAGGCCACUUGGACAAUCACCAUCUAUAUCAUCACCUGCAACAUCGGCUGGCCUUGAUGCUGCAACAAAGAGGUGACGUUUCGGAACUUUACGAUAACAGCCUCAUCAUGGAAGGUGAUAUAAUGCCCUCGCUCAAAAAGGUCGUUGUUGAAGGUAAUUUGGGGGACCGAAUGGACACUUCCCUUACGUACAUCACUUUCGACACAAACAUCUGGUUGAAACACUGCGGCAGAAUAUUUAAAUGCGCCCAUAGUGGUGCAUUUAAAGUGCUGAUUCCGUUGAUUGUUUACCAAGAAUUGAGGUCUUUGAGAAAGUCCACUGAAGCAACCAUCGCUGAUGCUGCAACCAGGUCAGUAAUAAUUAUCAGAGAAUUGUACGCAAGCAAGGAGAUAGUUGUGUUAAGGUUUGACGGCACCAUCACAAGCGACCUCAAUGAGGUAGCGGAGUUCGAAAACAAUCCCUCCUGGUUAAACAAUGUUGAUCUGACUGUACUCAAUAUUGUAACUGAACAUGACCAAAUCAAUAAGAAGCAGUUGAGGGGCUUAAAUGCAACCUUAAGAGCCACAAAUAUUAUUUUAGAUGAGAAGAUGGCCAGAGUGUUUCGCUACUGUAUCCUUAUCACAGAUGACCGAAACAUGAGACUAAGGGCUAAAACAACUGGCCUUAGUAGCUUCCAAAGCCGGUGGCUCUUUGGACAGCUUGAGUCGAUCAGCUCCAACAUGUGCAUUGACUAA